AUGUUGUCAAGGAAGGCGAAGAGCACGCAAAAGUACUUUUGUCAUGAACUUGAUGCCUCGUACAUUGAUUUAGUGAUCAUCAUCUGCUUUUUCGUUUCCGGUCUCAUUGACAGUGUGGCUUUCAACUCGUGGAACUGUUUCGUCAACAUGCAAACGGGCAACACUAUCUUUGCAGCCCUUGGUAUCGGCGGCCAGCCCAGAGCAAGCCAUGCGCAACAAUACUACAAAUCUCUCACCGCUAUUGGGGCAUUUUGCUUGGGUACCCUGUUUUUCAAUGCUUUACAUCGAUACCCGACCGGACUCUCUACACAGUCAAUCUCUCAUCGUCGACUCCUCCUCAUCACAUCCUUUUCCAUUCAGACCAUCUUUAUCACUAUCCCGGCACUCUUGUGCUCGCUGAAUCUGGUGUCGAACCAGCCCUUUGUGUCUGGCUCAUUUUCUUCAGGCAGCGAUAACGAUCCUCCAACGGUGAUCAACUUUCUGGACCUCUGCCCUGUGGCGUUACUCUCAUUCCAGGCUGCCGGUCAGGUCACUUUAUCACGGAUCUUUUCUCUGCUGGAGCUGCCUACCAUCGUUCUCAGCGCACUUUAUCAUGACUUCGUCGCCGAUUUGUACUCCAUCCGCGACUCGUGGCGAAAAAGCUCAAGCUUAUGGGAUUUUAUUCUGGUACAUCAAAAAAGACAAGAGAAGAGACUGGCUUGCAUCAUCGCACUCUUCCUGGGGGGCAUCGUUGGCGGAGAAAUGUACAAAUCCCCCGCUGGCAUGGCCGGAGCCUUUUGGACUGCUGCAGGCUUGAAGCUUGCCGUUACUCUUGGUUGGUUCUUUUGGAAACAAGAAAGUCCUCAAGAUGAGCGACCGCCGCUCUGA